AUGACUGAGCAAAACCACUCCAUGACAACCGAAUUUAUCCUCAUAGGAUUUACGGAUCAACCAGAGUUGAAACACCUUCUCUUUGUGGUGUUCUUUGCCAUCUAUGUGAUCACCAUGAUGGGAAAUCUUGGUUUGGUGGUACUGAUUUAUAUGGAGCAUCGUCUUCACACACCAAUGUACAUCUUUCUGGGCAACCUGGCUCUCAUGGAUUCCUGCUGUUCCUGUGCCAUUACGCCCAAAAUGUUAGAGAACUUCUUUUCAGAAGACAGAACAAUUUCCCUCUAUGAAUGUAUGGCGCAAUUUUAUUUUUUCUGCUUUGCUGAAACUACCGAUUGCUUUCUUCUGGCAGCAAUGGCCUAUGACAGGUAUGUGGCAAUAUGCAGCCCACUGCAGUACCACACCAGGAUGUCAAAGAAACUCUGCAUUCAGAUUACCUCAGGUUCUUACAUAGCGGGAAACUUGCAUCCUAUGAUUCAUGUGGGUUUUCUGUUUCGGUUAACAUUCUGUGGUUCUCAUCAAAUUAAUCACUUUUAUUGUGAUAUUCUUCCAUUGUACAGACUCUCCUGUGUAGACCCUUUUAUGAAUGAGCUUAUGAUAUUGAUCUUUUCUGGGUCCAUUCAAAGUUUCACUAUUACUGCAGUCCUAAUCUCAUAUCUUUACAUCCUCUUCACUAUUUUCAAAAUGAAAUCCAAAGAGGGAAGAGGCAAAGCCUUAUCAACUUGUGCAUCCCACUUUCUCUCUGUCUCUGCAUUUUAUGGUUCUCUUCUCUUCAUGUAUGCUCGACCAAGCACAGUAAAAGAAGGAAGCAAUGAUAUACCAGUUGCUGUUUUUUAUGCACUAGUAAUUCCUUUAUUAAAUCCUCUUAUUUAUAGUCUAAGAAAUAAGGAAGUAAUAAAUACUAUGAAAAAAAUUAUGAAGAAGAAACAAUCUCAGAACCUUCUUAAACAGAUGUCACCCACUGUGGAAAACUGA